UCAAACUGACGUGUAAAUAUGCGAGUCGCGAAACCAAUGUAAUUUAUCAUUAAUAAUACAAAAAUGUGUCGAAAAGUACCAUAAUAAAUGUUAAAAUUAGAGCUAUCCCAAUGAUGCUCAGUUAUUUUUAGUAUACUGUAUUUAUUUGGAAGGUACUUUUCCUACAUUCUAGUCAGAAAUGUUCCUGUUGGGCUCAACUUUCGGGUUUGAUAGUUUCGACAAUUUUUACGUGCAAUUUUUGGCUGAGACUAUAUUGUAUCUUAGAAGUUUUGCGUUGUAUAUAAGUUUAUGGGUUUUGGGGUAUCUGCUAGUGUGUUGUGUGGUGUAUCGGCGGUACGCACGACGGCUACCGACGCGGUCUCGGGGGGCGCUUCGAGCGAAAAGAGUGUUGAUCGUGGUAGCACACCCAGAUGACGAGUGCAUGUUCUUCGGCCCUACAAUAUUUAGAUUGUGCGAACAGGAUGCAGACGUGUAUUUGCUCUGUCUCUCUAAUGGCAACAAUGAAGGCAAGGGAAAUAUACGCAGUAAAGAGCUAUGGCUUGCAUGUUCGGAGCUUGGAGUACCCGAUCGGAACAUAUGCCUCGUUACAGAUACACGACUCCCAGACAACCCAAAGGUGCAGUGGCCCGUGGCCGUCAUUGCCAAGCUGAUACAGCAUCAAUUGGAGGCUCUGGACAUUGACACUCUAGUGUCAUUUGAUAGGGGUGGGGUUUCCUCACACACAAACCACUCGGCAGUAUUUUAUGCUAUAGCUUAUAUGUUUGUUGAGAAACUUUUGCCUGCAAAGUGCACAGUUUACACAUUAGACACUGUAAAUAUAUUAAGAAAAUACUGGGGCUUCUUAGAUCUUCCACUAAGCUUUGUUUUGUCUUCUAAAAGAUACUUCCUCCGCUGGACGGAGUCCCGACGCGUAGUCCGCGCCAUGAAGCAACACCGAUCACAGAUGGUGUGGUUCCGGCACCUGUAUGUUAUGUUCUCUCGUUACAUGAUCAUCAACACGCUACGCCGUAUCAGCCUGGCCGAUAUAGAGCUUGAAUUAGAAGUUGAUGAUUGAAGCAACUCACAACUGGUUCAUAACUUGGUACAAUUGUAUAGGUACUCGUAAAGUUGGUACCCAUACCCAUAACACUAACCACCCCUAACAUGAAGUCACGUGAGCGACAGAAGCCUACAAUGCUUAUAUUAUUGGCUUUAGUUUGUCGAUUUACUACCUUUAUUUAUUAUGAGUGAUUAUUACAGCGGUAAGUACAGAAAUUAUUUUGUUCAAAAGGAAAGAAAAGGGAAAAAAUCAAAUUAAAAAGAAAACAUUUCUUAGCUAUUCCCAGUGGUAAUACCUAGGACGCGUCGCCGCGUCAACGUCGUGUCGCUGUGUCAAUUUCGAACCCGACUGCAGAACGGGUAACGCUAUAAUAUAUGCAGUUGGUUCUGAGUGAGAGUGAGAAAGGCAAUACUGAUGUGCGGUCCUAACUGAAUGGUUUUUAAUAGAUAAACAUAGAAACCAGUCGUGUCCGCGACGUGUCGUCUGCAGUCGCGACACGUCGCUGGGUUCGAAAUUGUAUCCUUAACAACACGCUAUCUAUCAAAAACGUUACUAGAUGGCGCUAGCACUUCCACAGAUUGCUUCCUUGUAGUUCUAGUCAUCUCUGGUUCUCUGCUUUCGAAAACUUUUUAUACAUUUUGUUAUGGAUAUGGAUUUAUAUUUAAGUAUGUAGAGAAAGGUAGAUACUUUUGAAGCGUAGUCUGAUCCGCUACUUUUGAUGCUGUAUGUAUUACUGAAAAUGUUGUUCAAGUUCUAAGGAUAGUAAGGAUUAUGGUCAAUUGAAGUCUGCCGCCUGUUGUUACUAAGUUAUUCUAUUACCUAUUAUGAAAUAUUUUAAAAAAUAAAGUUGUGUUAUAUAAAUAAAAUUUAACUUGCAAGUCUUUAAUUGCAUUGCCGAAAGCAAGGCUAUCCGAAGCUUGUCAAACUUUGAAAUGUAUUACUUGGCAUUAUAUUAAAUCAACUAGUGUUUUUAAAAUUUUGGUGAACAUCUUUAAAAUGAAAAAAAUAUAUGUUGGAAUUGCCAUAUAAAAAUGUCAAAUAGAUUUAUUACUAGGUAUAUAAAUAAAUGUAAUGUUCAAAAUGGAAGUAAUGUUGGUUAAAUGUCUUUAGAUAUAAGAUACAUGUGAAAUGGUAAUAGGGUAGUUGACAUUUUUUUAAUGGUAUCAGUCGAUCAGGUUUGUUUUGAGGAUCAAAUGUUUGGAUAUUGAUUAAUGAUUAUGUUACAAAUGAUGGUCAAAGUCUGGCAUCGCCACUUUACUGAGCAAAACGCUCUUACACAAAUGGCAACACAUCGUGACGUCACUGUGUCACUGCUUAAAAGCCGUUUCGAUGUAUGGAAAACAAGGAAAUUGCGAUUUUUUCGGUGAAAUGUUGCGUUUAUGUAUAUUGUUGUUAUAUUUUUUUUUUUUAUAAAAUGUAAGGAAUCUAAUAGUAUCGUUAUUUUUUUCCUAUUUGAAAAUUAAAAAAAGUUUCCAAUUUAUUGUGAUGAAUUGCUCAUUUUCUAUCAAAUUCAACAUGUGUCAACUACCUUAUUAAUCUAAUAAUGAUUGUUGUCGUUGUUGUUGAAGAACGGCAGAUGAUGUAUACCUAUCUUUAGGCUUCUACAGACGUAGCAACAAAUGGCAUGCGAUUUUCGAUAAUUGUCGGCUAAGUAGAAGCAAUGAAUUCAAUCGAUCGAUCAAAUGCCACAAUGUAUUGCAAAUCGUAUGCGAUUAUCGGUGACGUUUGCAGAGGCCAUUAAAAUGAAGGCCUCUCCACUUUGGUUUUACGAUUUGAAUAAAUCCACUUAAGUAAUCAUUGCGCUAGUUUCCGUCCAUGCUCUAGUUUUCGUCCACUUGAGGGAUGAGCAAAUAAUAUAUUUCAUUUUUAAAUUUCCUGCUUGCGAAAUAUCAUUUUUAUGUAGAUAGAUAUAUUGUUUAGACAUUAAGGACUGCAAUAAGUCCAAAUUUGUGCAGCAACGUGGGUUUAUAUUAAAAUUUCGUAAAGUGGACGAAAACUAGCGCAAUAACCUUAUAUACGUUUAAAGUGUGAACGUAAACAUAUUUUCGGAGGAGCUUUUCUUUUUAAUUGGUUUAUAAUAAAAUCUUGUUUGAAUCAAGUAUAUUCAAAGUUUAUAAAGUUCACUAUGGUGUUAUGAAGGCAUUUUUAUCCUCACAUUUUGACUCAAUUGCUAGCUGUCUAGGCUAUAAUACCUAUUCAGUGUGAAUAAUACUUUUAUUAUUGAGAACUCUUUAGCUUAAAGAAAAUCUGCAACAGCAUUUCGUUGAUUUUUUAUAUUUAAAAAAAUGUUUUGCCUACUGCAUUUCAAUAAUAAAAGACCAAACGAUCAUAUUCUUUUAUUCAAACAUAUUUUUAAUGAACUGCUCAGGAAAUCACUGGGUAAUUACUAAUUAGUAUUAGUACUACAUUUUACUUAGAGGAGGUCCUAAUUACAAUGGAAACAAUCCAUAACUGGUUAAAUUAUUUUUAUUUUUGUUGGCCUCAAAAUAUCCAUUUUACAACAAAUGUUAUAUUAAUUACAUAAUACAAUACUUGCUUCAAUGCGAGAACUCUUCAAAACUUUUAAUAAUUAGCUAAACAUUUAAAAAUUGACAAUUUAGCGCUCUACGUACGUACUGCAGAAGUUCCGAGCACCUAAUCACAGACAACUAGAAACACUGAUGAUCCACCCAAUCGAUUAUUUAUUAUUUUACAGCACAUGUGGUGCUACUUUACCGCACUAGUGCGAUAAUUAGCACAUUACGUAAUUGUACAACGUUUUACAGUACACAAUUAUGGCCCUUAAAAUUUUCCACAUACGCACGUUUAGUUUAUUUAUUUAGGUUUGCCAACAGGUGCAAUACAAAAAAUACUUAUAAAUGACGAGUUAUAAAAUAAGAUUGCUUGAGUAUUCACCCAAUUACAGACAAACACG